AUGCAGAUCAACCAGGGCCAAAAUGCUUUGCUCUACCAGUCACCAAGUUCAGCCAUUUACGGGCAUUUGAUGCAACAGCAGCAACAGCAGCAGCAACGACCAGUGGCCGUUGGAGGGCUGUCACAGAUGGCCGUCAUUCAGCCUUCAAUUUCCUACCAAAACCUGCACUAUGAAUCGUCGAUGGCUGUUGCUGCGGCCGCCGCUGGAGAACUGGCCAACUAUGGGCAAAGCUCUGCCGGUCAUCAGCAGCAGCUGUACAACCACAGCCAGCGUCCAAUGACUAGCAUCGGCUUUGCUAUGCCUAACAAUCGAGUCGAUGGAAGCGGAGGAGGAGGAGGAGGAGGAGGAGGUGUUGUUGGCGGCUCGGGACUCUACCAGCAAUUUCAGCACCCUCAACAGCUGAUUCAGCAGCAACAGCAGCAGCAACAGCAGUCCACCUCGCCGCCUAGUCAGACACUGCUGAGCGUCAGCUCUUCAGCUCGUCCCUUUGCCCUCUCUUCCACCUCCUCAGCGUCAUUGCCCUCCACCCCGGAGCACUCCUCUGCCAACUUUCACUACGGAGUGUUGCCCACUGCAGCGGCGGCCACCGGCGCCCGAACGCCCACAGCGGCCCACAGUUUGCAGCACCAGCAACAGCAGCAAAAAUCAAUGCAAACUCUUCCUCCGAUUUCCAACAACACCUAUGAGCAGAUUGCUGCCAUUGGAGGCGAUGGAGCCAUCCUCUCAACGGCCCAUCACCAGAAACCGCAACAGCAGCAGACAAUCUACGGAACAAUUGGACAGGUAAGAGGCGGCGGAGUUGUUCCGCAAUUGUCCUCUCCGCCAGGCACUGCUACUGCCAUUGUCGUCCAACAAGAGAUUCAAAAGGAGGCGUCAGUUGACAGUAAGCAAAGUCCACUUUCGCUGCCCAGCAGUAAAGUGCGCACUCGAUACGUCUGCAUCGGCGGCAAUGACUCGGAGCUCUCCUUUCAACCUAACAUGAUCAUCACCAAUGUGCGUCCUUCACGAGAGCCCGGCUGGAUUGAGGGCUACCUUAACGGCAGAACUGGCCUAGUGCCGCUGAAUUACGUUGAAUUUAUUGAGUAG